AUGAAUACUGUCACUCCUACCGCUACUAAUACAAAAACUAAUGAUGAAGGUACUGGCAAGUCUCCUCUUCUGUUUGUGGAUGAUUUGGUUUGGAGUGACGAGAUUCUACCCUUUGUGGGUGUUGAACAGUACGCUUUUGUAGGAGUGGUCAGCAAGAAGAUCAACAAGGCAUACAAAGACUACUGCAAAAUUGAACUCCAGAAAAAUCCAAGGAAGGUAAAAGAUAACCCAGCACGGCAUUCACCCAGUCGCUCUUUGGAAAUCAAGGACACUCUUUACAGCGAAACGUUCUUUAACCAGCAACGUGCAGAACUCUGGCUCAAGGGCAAAUCCAGCAGCAAAACACUCUGA